AGUAUAAAAAACAACCCCAACUACUGCCAUUUCACUCAUACUUUCUCGGAGCUCUGAGUCCUUUUGCUGCCAUGUUUGUGUUCAAGUUCKCUGUGGGUCUCCUGGCCCUAAUACUGGUGUCCUCUGCUUMGGCUGAGGAACUGACUGAGUCUAAAGAGAAUGUUGCUGAGGAAGACACUUCUGCUGAGCUCUCUGUUGGUGAGCUGCUGGCCAGAGCCAACAGGGAUCUCACCCCCGAAGCCGAUGAGCCUACUCUGAUGGGUGACAUUGCCAUGCCCUCGGAGAAGAACGCUGACCCCUGCACCGCCCGCGGGUGCAUGUGGCAAAAGUACAGUGACGGAAACAUCUGGGUGCCCUACGUCAUUGCCAACCACUUCUCAUCUCGCGAAGUAGCCAUCAUCCAGCGUGGUCUUGACUCCUUCGCCGAAACCACCUGCAUCCGCUUCUUCCAGCGCCAGAACGAGAGGGACUAUCUCAGCAUUGAGAAUCGCAGCGGAUGCUACUCCUAUGUUGGCCGUCGGGGGAAUGCCCAGACUGUGUCUCUGGCCCGUCAGGGCUGCCUGUACCACAGCACCGUCCAGCAUGAGCUCCUCCACGCCCUGGGCUUUAACCAUGAGCAGACCCGCAGCGACCGUGACAACCACAUCCGUGUCGCCUGGGAGAACAUCAUUGAUGAGUACAAGUACGCAUUCGAUAAGAUUGCCACCCUGAACCAGGGAACUUCCUAUGACUACAACUCUGUCAUGCAGUACCACAGGUACGCCUUCUCGAAGAACAACCGCCCCACCAUGGUGCCCUUCCCCGACAGCAACGUGUCUUUCGGAGAAGCCACUCAGAUGAGCAAGAACGACAUCGACAGGCUGAACAGGCUGUAUGGCUGCUAAACAGUUGGACACCUGUGGUCUCGCUUCCCGAUGGACUCAAGAUCAUUCCGCUGAAGGAGUAGAGUGACCUCUAGUGGUAGAACUGUUAGAAUGUAAUUUGCCUCAAAACAUCAAGACUGCAAACUGAAAAUCACAAUAAAAAUCUGAUCAACUGAAAUCAAAAGCUUAA